GGCGGGGCCGCGGCGGGCGGGGCGGGGUGAAGCGGAGCGGCGGCGGCUGCCAUUCCCCCGCCGCGCGGCCGCCUCCUCCCCCCCCCCCCCCCGCCUCUUCCUGGCCGCAGCGAGAGGAGCUGCGCUGGCAGCGGGGAGGCGGCGGCGGCGGAGCCCGGCUGCCGGCCCGCCAUGGCGAUCCGCAAGAAGAGCAACAAGAACCCGCCGGUGCUGAGCCACGAGUUCGUCGUGCAGAACCACGCCGACAUCGUGUCCUGCAUGGCCAUGAUCUUCCUGCUGGGGCUCAUGUUCGAGAUUACAGCAAAAGCAGCUGUCAUUUUUGUUACACUUCAGUAUAGUACCAUUCCUGCCACAGAAGAACAAUCUUCAGAAACAAUCUCUCUGUAUCACUAUGGCAAUCAAGACUUGGCUACAAUUUUCUUUUACAUGCGUGUAGCAAUAAUCAUACAUGCUAUUAUUCAGGAGUACGUAUUGGAUAAAUUAACAGGAAAAUGCACUUUUCAAAAAACAAAGCAUAGCAAGUUCAAUGAGUCUGGGCAACUUAGUGCAUUCUACCUUUUCUCCUGUGUUUGGGGCACAAGUAUUCUCGUCUCUGAGAACUAUAUAUCAGAUCCAACCUCUCUGUGGAGGGACUACCCGCACACUCUGAUUCCGUUUCAAAUGAAGUUUCUCUACAUCUUACAGUUGGCAUACUGGUUUCAUGCUUUUCCAGAAUUGUACUUCCAGAAAACCAAAAAAUAAGAUAUCUUUCGCCAGAUUGUCUACAUCGGACUUUAUCUCUUUCAUAUUGCUGGAGCCUAUCUCUAAAGUAAUCUGACCCAUCUUGGACUUGUUCUUCUGGUAUUGCAUUACUUCGUUGAAUUUCUUUUCCACAUAUCCCGUCUUUUCUACUUCAGUUGAGAAGAUAUCAGAAAGGGUAAAUUUUCACUGUGGGCAGUUCUUUUUGUUUUGGGAAGACUUCUCACCUUGAUUCUUUCAGUCCUCACUUUUGGCUUCGGACUGGCAAGAGCAGAAGAUCAACAGCUGAAUUUCAGUACUGGAAACUUUAACAUCCUGGCUGUUAGAAUCAGUGUGCUGGCCUCCAUCUGCAUGGCUCAAGCAUUUAUGAUGUGGAAGUUCAUUAAUUUCCAGCUUCGGAGAUGGAGGGAACAUUCUUCUUCUCAGCCUCAAACAGUGAAAAAGAAGUUUGUAACGGCUAAAGGAAAGACCUCCAGAAAAGAAAGAGAAAAUGGAAUAAAUGGAACAGUGACCUCAAAUGGAGCAGACUCGCCUCGCAGCAGGAAGGAUAAAUCCUCGUAAAACUGGGUUUAUUAAGUUAAUUGACUAAUGUCCCCAAAGAAUCUGCUUUUUUACAUGGAUGGCCCUUCAGCACUAGAGAUGUUAUAGAUUAAAGAAAAUACAAAUCAUGUUUUUUGAUUAUUGCUAUUGUUUUGUGAAACUUUUUUUAAAAGCCAUUUUGACUAAGAAAAAAGGUUUAUCUUUAUCUGUCUACAAACACUUUGGGGGGGGUGGGAGGGUCACAACGUUUUUUAAAUAACAUUGACACUUUUUUAAACACUUACUGUGAUGAUAACUUCACUUAAUGAGGAUCACUGAUGCAAUGUAUUAUUUCUUUCCAGGUUUUGUAAUAUUGGUGAUAUAUACUGUUUACCAAUUUCACUUUUUCCAAGUUCUUCAAGAAGUAUUGCAAAAUUGAAGUAAAAACUUAGUAUGCAUUUCAGAUAUUCUAGCUUUUCAGUUAAGUACCUUGAUUCAAAUUCACAGUUCAAAUUGGAAUUCUAAGACCGCACCAGUAAACCUUUUUAUUUUGUAGUUAUUGGCUACACAAUGUCUGCUCUAAGAAUUGCCCCCAUAUCAUUAAAACAAAACUGAACUAAUUGGAAAUGUUGCAGAGUCUUAUGCUUGUUGGUUAGAAAUAUCCCUAAAGGAACAAAAAACCUUUCUGAGAUACAGCUUUAGCACUUGAAAAUUAGAAGGGAAAGUGCGUGUCAUUGAAAGUGUUCAUUUGAGUAGCACUGUUAACUGCCAUCUGUGCUUUUAAAAGUGUACAUAUCUUGGAGAAUUGGUGUGCGUUGGACCUUCUUUGAAAACUUGUCUUUCUGAUUUUAGAGGGUGGAGGUUCUUACAGCUUGUCGUCGUGCUUGUUUUAGGAGGCAUUUAAUGCUCCAUGAAGAGGGAAUUUGUUAGAUAAAUGGAUCAAGUUUUGACAAACAUUCCUUUAUUCUAACUGCUUUGCUUUGUUUACCUCUGUUAGGAAAUAGUUUGAUUUCUCCUAUAUAUAUUUUUAUGAAAGAAUAUUUAAAAGCUACAACUUCUUAAAACUGGUUUAUUGUGCCCUUUGCUACAGCUGGAAAAAAUCUUAGUUUAAGAUUUUUUCCAUUAUCUGUCUUUCAUAAUGGUAUUAAAUGUGAAGCCUUGUCCAGUUGAUUUUCCAGUUUAAUAUGCAGUUAAUGUUUUUCCUCUGUAUCCUUUUGUAAUGGGAAUAAAUCAACUUGGGAACGAUUUAAAGAUUUUAUUGUCUUAAGAAGUUGCUAAAUCAGGCUUUCAAGUUAACCCAAGUAUUAGACUGCUUAUUGAUUGAGUAGGAGUAAUUAUAAGCAAUCAACCUGAUAAAUAAAUAGUUUAAUUAAAACUGUUACUAUAGUUUAGUUUAUACCCCCCAAAAUAAUAAAUCUGCAUUCUGUAUCUUACACAGUUUGGUUGCUUACUAUACAGAAUAAACAUUUCUAGUACAAAA